AUGGCCGCUCGCACAGUCUCCUUGGGAACGCAUCCACCUUGGUGUUGCUGGUCUACUCGGCAUGCAUUUUCGAGUGCUGAACGAUGCAUUUUCCAAGUGGCCGGAAAUCAGCAUCGUACGCUCACCGAUCACAGCAGCAGUCAUCUGUACGAAUUGUUCGCUCGCUUUGGAGUUCCAACCACCGUCAUAUCUGACAAUGGCACACAAAUUUCAUCGUCAAUGUUUGCGGAAUUCUGCAAGAAGAACGGAAUCCACCAUUUGAGAAUUUCUCCGUAUCAUCCGCAGUCGAAUAGCCAGCCGGGACGAGAAACCUUGAAGACAGCGCUGCUCAAGAUUGACGAAGGGGAAAAAGUCUGCGAAUCAUUGCAAAUCUUCCUACAAGCCCACAGAAUAACCCCAAGUCGUGUUCUGAAUGGAAAAACUCCAUCUCAGCUGAAGAUCGGGUGUAUCAUGCGGAUAAUCCUGAAUCAACUCCAACUACGACAGCCGAUGAGCUCAAUCAUCAAUCAACAACAAAAUGACCAGUAG